AUGGAGAACCAUACAUACAGUGAGCACGUUCUCCAGCUGGAGGGGUUGAAGGUCACAAACCAGUCCUCUUACCCUGCUUUUAUUUUCAUCCUCAUCAUCUAUAUCUUUACUAUGGUGGCCAAUAUCAGCCUUACAGUGCUCAUCUCCAUGGAGAGGAUCCUGCACCAGCCCAUGUACAUCCUCCUCUGCAACAUGCAUCUCAAUGAUGCUCUCAAUAUCACCACCAUCAUACCUCGAGUGCUGAGUGACAUUUUAAAAGCAAGUGCAGACAGAUAUAUAACCUACGUUGAAUGUGCCACCCAAGCGUUCUUUGGUCACUUUUUUGCUGCGAAUGCACAUACAAUACUAAUGAUCAUGGCCUUUGACAGCCUCUCGAUCCGCUUAUCACGCUGCAGGUCACAAGUCAUCAACCCUUUCUGCGACAACCCAUCAUUAUUCAAACUCUCCUGUGACAACGUGUUCAUCAACCAAAUAUAUGGUCUCUUUUACACCGCUUUAUUCCUUAUUGCCUCCAUGGGGAGUGUAGCUCUGACAUACAUUAGCAUCGCCAUAGUGUGUGUGAGAAGUAAGAGCAAGUUGCUAAACAGCAAGGCCCUGCAGACCUGCUCUACACACCUGGCUGUAUACAUCAUUAUGCUGAUGACAGGUUUCGUCAUUGUCUUUCUUCAUCGGUACCCACAGUGGUCAAACCACAGGGCAGUGGCGUCCAUUAUGUUUCACUUGGUUCCACCUUGCCUCAACCCCAUUAUCUAUGGGCUACAGUCCAAAGACAUCCGGACAUUAGUGGUGAAAAUGAUCAAGUCUAAGACAGUUUCUCUUUAG